GUGUUGUAUCAUAUACCUGCACUUAUCUGUGACAUUACUCUUACUUUUGAUUGGUAUGAUAAUUUAUUCAGUUGCAGAUGUGUAAAUAAUAAUACAAAAAAUGAACAAGCUGGUACCUGAAUUGAGACUUCUGCGAAUCGCUUCGCCUGCAGUGCAGGUGGCAAGUAAGCGUUUCCUUCCUGCCAGAGGGACAAAACCUCUUCCUCGUUAUCUGUGGGAUAUGGAGGAUCUGAAGAAAAAGACUGGCGGCGAGUACACGCAUGAGCCGCUGCAAAUUAGAAGGCUUGGAGGACGUGAUCCUGAGACGGGAAGAAAAGUAAACCAGCAUAUAGGAGGCGGAGUGAAAUUCGACUAUUUUAUGAUAGAUUAUCACCGGAGAGGACCAGCGGAAGCUGGGAAGACGUACGAUGAAAGAGUACUAGAAGUACGACGUGAUCCCAACAGGACUUCUUUUAUCGCUCUUGUUGCCGGUAAAGAUGGCAAGCGAUGGAUUUUAGCAACCGAGCAUAUGAAGGCUGGUGAUAUCAUCUCUACUAGCUGUCAUAUACCGGAAAAUCCUGUGAUAGGUGUAGAAGGAAAUGCUUAUCCAGUCGGAGCUCUUGUUGCUGGAACACUGAUCAAUAGUGUUGAGCGGUAUCCAGACCUUCACAAUAAUCUCGACAGCGAUGUAUUUGUUGUUAAAGCUGGGACUGCAGCGACUAUUGUUCGUCAUCAAGGCGACUUCACUGUGAUCAGAUUGCCUCACAAGCACGAGUUCUCGCUACAUCGUACGUGUAUGGCAACAGUCGGACGUUUGUCUCAUGCUGAUAUUGAGAACAAAAUCUUUGGAUCAGCGCAGAUGCACAGACGUUUCGGAUAUAAAAUGGCCAGCGGUCUGUUCCACAAAAAAGAUGGUUAUUUCGGACGCAAGAUCCGGCCGUUACCACCAGUUCGAGUAUUGGAUCGUCCACCUAGGGAUCCGCCUCCAAAAUGUCAAUUCUCUCUUACUAAAGAUGAACUCAGUGGACUUUUUGGGCAUGCCAGAGUCCACAACUUAUUGCCAUCAGGAUAUAGCACUAGAGAUUAUGAUUACUACAAGCCAGAAAAAGAAUAGCUUGUGCACUACCUCACUG